AAAGACGGCAUGCGUUUAGGGCAUUGUAGUAAAUACGUUUGCAUUUUUGAUGAAAUCCGGUUGAGCUUCGCGACUUUUGGCGGGUUAAAUUUUCUAUCGUUCUUUUACGUGUUAUAUUAAGGAUAUAACAAAAUAUACCAAUGGGGGAUAAAGACGGUGAAACUUUUGAUGAUGCCGUGGAAGAAAGAGUUAUCAACGAAGAAUAUAAAAUAUGGAAGAAAAAUACUCCUUUCUUAUACGAUCUUGUGAUGACCCACGCUUUGGAAUGGCCAUCUUUGACUGCUCAAUGGUUACCCGACGUAACCAGACCAGAAGGAAAAGAUUAUUCUGUACAUCGACUUAUUUUAGGUACUCAUACUUCAGACGAACAAAAUCAUCUGCUUAUCGCUAGUGUUCAGUUGCCAAACGAAGAUGCUCAGUUUGAUGCAUCUCACUAUGACAAUGAAAAAGGCGAAUUCGGAGGUUUCGGUUCUGUUAGCGGAAAGAUAGAAAUAGAAAUAAAAAUAAAUCACGAGGGUGAAGUAAACAGAGCAAGAUAUAUGCCUCAAAAUCCAUGCGUAAUUGCAACUAAAACACCAUCUAGCGAUGUUCUCGUAUUCGAUUAUACGAAGCAUCCGAGUAAACCUGAUCCGAAUGGCGAAUGUCAGCCUGAUUUAAGGUUAAGAGGACAUCAAAAAGAAGGUUACGGUCUAUCGUGGAAUCCAAAUCUUAACGGAUAUUUGCUCAGUGCAUCCGACGAUCAUACAAUUUGUCUGUGGGAUAUUAAUGCACCGCCCAAGGAAAAUCGUGUGAUAGAUGCGAAAACAAUCUUUACAGGGCAUACUGCUGUCGUCGAAGACGUAGCUUGGCACCUGUUGCACGAAUCUUUAUUUGGAUCUGUUGCAGAUGAUCAAAAAUUAAUGAUUUGGGACACGAGAUGCAACAACACGAGCAAACCCAGCCAUACGGUGGACGCUCACACUGCCGAGGUGAAUUGCUUGAGUUUUAAUCCGUAUUCGGAAUUCAUUCUUGCAACCGGCAGUGCUGACAAAACAGUGGCGCUCUGGGAUUUGAGGAAUCUAAAGUUGAAGUUACAUUCCUUUGAAUCUCACAAAGACGAGAUCUUCCAAGUUCAGUGGUCGCCGCAUAACGAGACAAUAUUGGCUAGUAGCGGUACAGAUAGGCGUUUGCACGUAUGGGAUCUUAGUAAAAUUGGCGAGGAGCAGUCUAGCGAAGAUGCCGAAGACGGUCCGCCCGAGUUAUUGUUUAUACAUGGUGGUCAUACCGCGAAAAUUAGUGACUUUUCGUGGAAUCCAAACGAACCGUGGGUCAUAUGUUCGGUAUCGGAAGAUAAUAUAAUGCAGGUCUGGCAAAUGGCUGAGAACAUUUACAACGACGAAGAACCAGACACGCCGGCAAGCGAACUAGAAGCUGGCGCAUCAUAAAUCAUCGAAGAAAGGGGUGAAUGAACCAAGGAGGGUGGUAAGUGGGAAGGUGGAAGGGGUAUAACGAAGAUGAAACUGAACAAAUAUCACCUGUCCCUGAUAGCCGAAUCGUUUGAAAAAUCAUCGUUACGUUUCAGAAUUAUUUCACUGUCCAACGAAUGAUUUCUCGAGCGAUGCCAGUAACGGAUUAAGUUGGCGCAGCAACGACUACAAACGGGAUCAGUUGCGUUAGCAUUACCAGCGAGCAGCCAUCCCUCUCUACAAAUGCAAAGGUUUCAUCCAAUAAUACCGAUAUUUUCCGGAUAAAAUUUUCUUUUCUUCUAUCGUCUCUCUUGGGAGGAGAAACUCGAAGAAAGUCAAUAUAAGUAAAAUGGAAAAAGAGAGGGAUAAGUAAUUCACCUGCGUGGCUGUGCCGUUGGUAUUCGUUUUCCUCCGGAUCUAACGUUUUGCGGGCAACUCUUAUGGUGAUCGGGCGUGUCCUGAUCAACGCUCGGCGUUUCCAUCGAACAGUACUUACGCGCGUUUGAUUACAAAUCAAUUUUGACUCGAAACUCUGAAUCGAGACUAAACCGUGGAAAAUAAACAUUUUGUCGCUUCGAUCGAAUCAACGUUUGUUUGAAAUUUCACCUGUAUGUGUACGUACACGGCAGAAAUUACCACGGCUGAACCGUACACAAUCAAGAGUCGAGAAUGCUCGAGGUCGAUCGAUAGACGACGGCUUACAAACAAAAUUUUCGAUGCCGCAAGUUAACGAAAGGGACAAAAACGAGGGAACGAACAAUAGUAUCGAACGAACAAAGAAGAAAUUUACUGUGUAUAUCGAUGAAAGCAGGGGGUGGAGGGUGAAUCGACGUGUAAUAGCUCCUUAGCUACAAUCAAAGCAAUUCGUCUAUCGAUCGUACGUAAUAUUCCUUCGGUUUGUUGCACGAGCUACGCGUACAGGAUGUUUCGUAACGCCUAGGACCCUCAAGACACUUACUUACUAUUACUAUACAGGGUGUUCGACAACAGGUGGGAGAUUUUUUAAGGGAUGAUUCUAGGGAUCAGAAUAAGACUUUGUUUUCCAGUAAUUAACGUUUACAAAUUCGAGUAAAAAGCGCCUAAAACCUACAAUCUGCCCAGUACGGACGACUGACCGUCAGGUCAGCGGGGGUGGGUACAGUCAUAACUAACAAUAACAAAAAGUUAAUCAAUUGCAAAACUAAGCGGUAAUAAAGGCAACGCGUGGUCCUACGUGUUGUGAAACACUCUGUAACUGGAAAUGAAAGAUAAGCAGGAAGAGAAUUCAGUUUUUAAACAGUUUUAUUAGCUGGAAAAUUUUGACAUCCUGGACGCGUAACGUUAAUUAUUAAA